AUGAAGAUAAGGGAGGGAAGGUCAUCUAAAGACGGUAUCAGUCUCGAACCAGCAACCAUUAGGUCCUCACGACCAACACCGACUUCUCAAGUUGACGCCAGAAGCCUACCCUUGCUGAUUGAACCGAGUGUCUGCCUCUCCUCCCCCGCGCCGUCCCUCCAGCUCCCCUCUCCACUCGUAAGCACUCCUUUCCUCAAGUGGCCCUCCAGCCGGCUCGAGGAUCCUUCAAACAUAAAGGAUCAGCAGAGGUCUCGAAUACCACUCAGCCCAGCAAAUGGUGUAGAGGCUGUCAUUAGGUACCCCAGACCACCGCUGAUGAUAAGUGAACGCCGAAAUUGUGGACAUAUUACACACCUAUGGAAUCUUAAGUCACUAGAAAAACUAUUCGAUAUAGUCACGAUGAAACGGACACAGGAAAAUGAGCCACAGACUGCAAUAGAAGCAUCGUUUGUAGCCGCAGGAGCUGUGAAGCGUUAA